AUGUUUAUGUUGAUGUUGAUGUUUUAUGCUGGCUGUAACUCGUUGAAGUUGAAGGAGAGACGAGGCUGGGCCGGUGGAGGCAUCGCCAAGCAGUCGGACAGACAGGGGGACCAAGGCAUGGCAGAGGAUGAAGUUGAGGAUGAAGUUGGAAGUCGAGAUAAGAUGCUCUCUAGCUGCAGUUGUUACUUGUUAACUACUCUGUUGCUGCUGACUGGUCUUUCACUUGUAGAGCUCUGCUUGUAA